GAAGGGCGUUGCAAUGGUAUUCUCUGUCUUUUCUUUGUCUAUUCGUAAUGAUGUUCGCUCUGAUGUGAUGGUGCAGAUGAAGCGGGCUAUCAUUCGUCUCCUCUUACCAUAAUACUUGAAAGAGAGAAGACGCAGGAGGAGCUCAUGGAUAUGGUCCAGCACCUCGUAAACGAACAUCCUGAACUCAUCCCAUCCGCAAAAGAACUUCUGGAGGCCCUUGAGUGUGAUUGUGAUUGUGAUGACAACAAGCAUGCUCAAAAAGCCAUGGAGCUUUUGAAAAACCAACACGUUCUCCAAGGUUUCGUAAAAACUUUUGCUGAAGGUUACGCUCUUCUCAGGUGUUUAGACAUGGUGGCAGAGAAUGGGCUGGAGUGCAGAACGGUUGCUAAUAGGGUGGCUCUUAUUAGACAAGAUCCCUUGUUGGAUAAAUGUGUCUCGGCCAAAGGGGACGUAGAUAUAAUGAGGGGAGCCUUGUGCAUUUUAGUCGCGUACUGGAUUGAUCGAAGACUGGAAAGAUGGCUUAGCGAACAGGCCUUUAACCUCGGUGACAACGAAAUCCAGUACACUAACACUUGGCCAAGUGGGCAUCCCUAUGGCGUUGACUACUAUGACUGUUUUCUUGGUGGUGAUAAUGACGAUGGAAUGCAUAAUAAGCUAGAUGAAGCGGACCUUAUAUUGUCUCCUCUUACCAUAAUAUUUGAAAGAGAGAGGACGCAGGAGGAGCUCAUGGAUAUGGUCCACCACCUCGUAAACGAACAUCCCGAACUCAUCUCAUCAGCAAAAGAACUUCUGGAGGCCCUUGAGUGUGAUGAAAACAAGCAUGCCGAAAAAGCCAUGGAGCUUUUGAAAAACCAACACGUUCGCCAAGCUUUCGUGAAAACUUUUGCUGAAGGUUACGCUCUUCUCAGGUGUUUAGACAUGGUGGCAGAGAAUGAGCUGGAGUGCAGAACGGUUGCUAAUAGGGUGGCUCUUAUUAGACGAGAUCCCUUGUUGGAUAAAUGUGUCUCGGCCAAAGGGGACUUAGAUAUAAUGAGGUUGGUUUCUCUCUAUCUAUUUGAUAAUAUAUUGAUUUAA